CACGCAUGCGCACAGUACACAGAAGCCUUUGAAAAUGUCGGUCGAAGGUUAAAACUGAGAACGAAUUCGUCUCCAGGAAGCUCAAACAUGGCACGCCAGAUUUGUUGUCUCUCUUUGGAUAUUUAAGAAGUGGAGCCAGGGAUCCAAUUGACCACCCUUCCUGCUCAGACAGUGGGAAUAGAUUCACUCAGUUAUCACAAUUGAAGGUACAUCAGCAUGUUCACACUGGGCAAGGCCAUUCACCUGUUCUGUGUGUGAGAAGGGGUUCAGACAGUCUUUCCACCUGUGGACACAGCAGUCAGUUCACACCACACUGGGCAGAGGCUGGUCAUCUGCUGAAUUUCUGGGAAAGGAUUCACUCAGUCAUCUGACCUAAUGGCUCACCAGCGAGUUCACACUGGGGAGAAACCAUUCACCUGUUCAGUCUGUGGGAAGGGAUUCACUCAGUCAUCCAACCUACGGAGACAUCAGCGAGUUCAUACUGGGGAGAGGCCGUUCACCUGCUCAGUCUGUGGGAAGGGAUUCACUCAGUCAUCCCAACUACAGAGUCAUCAGCCAGUUCACACUGGGGAGAAGCCAUUCACCUGCUCAGUCUGUGGGAAAGGAUUCACUCAGUCAUCUACCCUACUGGUACAUCAGCGAGUUCACACUGGGGAGAAGCCGUUCACCUGCUCAGUCUGUGGGGAGGGAUUCACUCAGUCAUCCCAACUACAGAGUCAUCAGCAAGUUCACACUGGGGAGAAGCCGUUCACCUGCUCGGACUGUGGGAAGAGAUUCACUCGGUCAUCCACCCUAAUGGCUCACCAGCGAGUUCACACUGGGGAGAAGCCAUUCACCUGCUCAGUCUGUGGGAAGAGAUUCACUCAGUCAUCCCACCUACAGAGACAUCAGCGAGUUCACACUGGGGAGAGGCCGUUCACCUGCUCAGUCUGUGGGAAAGGAUUCACUCUGUCAUCUACCCUACUGGUACAUCAGCGAGUUCACACUGGGGAGAGGCCGUUCACCUGCUCAGAAUGUGGUAAGGGAUUCACUCUGUCAUCUACCCGACUGCUACAUCAGCGAGUUCACAGUGGGGAGAAGCCAUUCACCUGCUCAGUCUGUGGGAAAGGAUUCACUCUGUCAUCUACCCUACUGGUACAUCAGCGAGUUCACACUGGCGAGAAGCCGUUCACCUGUUCAGUCUGUGGGAAGGGAUUCACUCAGUCAUCCCACCUACAGAGACACCAGCAAAUUCACACUGGGGAGAAGCCAUUCAUCUGCUCAGAAUGUGGGAAGGGAUUCACUGAGUCAUCCAACUUACAGAAACACCAGCGAGUUCACACUGGGGAGAAGCCGUUCGCCUGCUCGGACUGUGGGAAGAGAUUCACUCGGUCAUCCCACCUACAGAGGCACCAGCUUGUUCACACUGGGGAGAAGCCGUUCACCUGCUCGGACUGUGGGAAGAGAUUUACUCGGUCAUCUACCCUACUGCUACACCAGCGAGUUCACACUGGGGAGAAGCCGUACAGCUGCUCGGACUGUGGGAAGAGAUUCUCUCGGUCAUCCCAACUACAGAGUCACCAGCGAGUUCACACUGGGGAGAAGCCGUUCACCUGCUCAGAAUGCGGGAAGGGAUUCACUCAGUCAUCCCACCUACAGAAACACCAGCGAGUUCACACUGGGGAGAAGCCAUUCACCUGCUCAAUCUGUGGGAAGGGAUUCACUCGGUCAUUCACUCUACAGAGACAUCAGCGAGUUCACACUGGGGAGAAGCCGUUCAGCUGCUCGGACUGUGGGAAGAGAUUCACUCGGUCAUCCCAACUACAGAGUCACCAGCGAGUUCACACUGGGGAGAAGCCAUUCACCUGCUCAGAAUGUGGGAAGGGAUUCACUCAGUCAUCCCACCUACAGAAACACCAGCGAGUUCACACUGGGGAGAAGCCAUUCACCUGCUCAAUCUGUGGGAAGGGAUUCACUCGGUCAUUCACUCUACAGAGACAUCAGCGAGUUCACACUGGGGAGAAGCCGUUCAGCUGCUCGGACUGUGGGAAGAGAUUCACUCGGUCAUCCCAACUACAGAGUCACCAGCGAGUUCACACUGGGGAGAAGCCAUUCACCUGCUCAGAAUGUGGGAAGGGAUUCACUCAGUCAUCCCACCUACAGAAACACCAGUGAGUUCACACUGAGGAGAAGCCAUUCACCUGCUCAAUCUGUGGGAAGGGAUUCGCUCGGUCAUUCACCCUACAGAGACAUCAGCAAGUUCACACUAGAGAGAGGCCAUUCACCUGCUGAGAAUGUGGGAAAGGAUUCACUCAGUCAUUCCACCUACUGGCACACUUGUCAGCUCACAGUGGCGAGUGGCCAUUGUUAUGCUUGUUUACAUUGCGUGCUGCUUGUUUAGUUUUAACCGAGGACACAGACACUCAGAGUCAGAUGGAGACGAAGGAGGAAAAAUGGAGGAAUCGAAACCAGGGAACUAGUGCCCAAGGGUGACUGUUUGGAACUUUCCUUUGCCCACAAGGGUGGGCUAAUUAUCGAUUCACCAUACAUCGUAAGUGUGGUUGUCACCUCAUUUGAUCCAUAGCAGUGGAUCUGAUGUGGGGUAUCCUGCGGAGACCACUUAUGUGUUAACCAUUGCCUGGCUG